AUGUCAAAGCUGACCUUUCAUGAUGAUAGUGGCCUUUUAGGUGUUAAGAUACCUCAUUGCACAAUUCUAUUCUGUUCGUUCGUGCAGCAGGACAGGAUCAAGGCAAAGGGUGCAGUUCAGACAUUUCAGAUCCUUGAUGGUAUCUUUGAAGUGUUUGACAACAUUGUGGAGAAGUAUGGGAUGUACAAAUAUCAGCAUGUAGGUGACUGGUAUAUUGUCACAUGUCCAAGGGCUGCUCGACCAUUUGAUGAAAAGUUCCAGCAGGAAGAAUAUCCUCAUCACUACACCCAAGGGAUGGUGCACAUGGCAAGGGAGCUCAUUGAAGCCACCAGGAGCUUUCGUAUAGAUCAGUAUGCCCUUGGGCUGAAGGUUGGAGUGAGUUGUGGGUCUGCAGCGGGUGCGGUGAUAGGGUCUCACCGGGCGUUCUACUGUGUUUAUGGGGACACUGUCAAUACAGCCGCCAGAAUGUGCAAGUAUGCGAAAGAGGGACAAAUAUUGUGCACAAGGGAAUUUGCUGAUUCGAUCUACUCUCUAGCUUGUGAUUAUAUAACCUGCGAGUCAUCCGGUGAGCUGGAGGUCAAGGGCAAAGGUUUGAUG